GCCACGCUACAAUUGGUAAUCCCGAUUCGAAUACAAACUUAUCGCACAAGGAAAAAUCUUGCUUCGGUUAGUCCUAUGAGAACUAGCCAAUCACUCCCUACAUAUGGCUUUGCAAACAAACAUCACUAUAAAAAAACCACGCAUACGGUGAAUACUGGUGACUAUACAAUAACGUAAAGUGACUUAGAGGCAGAAAGUGGGACUUAAAAACAUGUAUUCUCAGAUGAAGCUGAAAAUCUUAGUGUUAACUGAAGCCCACCUCUCUCUUAUGUCACGGGCAAUGGAUUGAACAUUCUCCAAAUAUGGCACGAAACAUAAAAUGAGAGUAAAGAUUUACAUCAACAGUCACUUUAAAGCUGAGAUAACGCCCAACUGCAAACUAGCCAAGUUACCAAAGUGCUGCGUGUGCUACCUCAAGGCAACAGCUCGACCGAUUUGCCGAAGACAACUUGGCGCUAUCACUCCGAAACUCGUUCCGACACUCGUUAAACCGUACUCAGCCUCAUUACAAAGCCCACUUCCUCAUUAGUUCCCUCUCUUAAAAACAGACAUGCAUCCUUUAGACAGAGUAGAGAAAAGGAUAACCAAGUAGGCACUUGGGAUACGGAACAAUUUUGACGACCACGGAUCCCGAUACUUGUGAUUAUUCUCGUUGAGCUACAUGAGAAAAAAUGUGAUAUAAAAGUGGCACUCAGUACAUUAAAUAUGAAAAGUUACUUUACUACAAACAUCCCGGCAGAAAAUCACCACUACGCUCCCCGAAGCAACUCAAGCGAAACACUCAUGCACGCCCAUGCUUUUUCUCACCAAGAUUACCUCCAAAUCUGAAUGUUUUUCGUGCCGGCAGAUACCUGCGGGUUUUUUUUAUAGAAAAAACCAGAUUAGCGGUCGAGUAGGCCUUUAUUCAGACCGUGGGACAGAACAGUUGGAGCGCAAGGUUGUCUUUUUCAGACGUAUAGAUCGGCUUACGCAAGCUAGUCACAUAGAUUUUGGAUAAAUUUGAUAACUUACGAUUAACUACCAAGUUCACGGAAGUUGCUGUAACUGGGUAACCAGACUACUCAGAUGGAAUGAUAUCAUUGACUUGAAACCGUAUAUCACUAUCAAGAUAGGUUUUCAAAUAAAUCAACUGGUUUACAACUCCUGAUCUCAAUGAUAUUGGAUAGUGAAAUUACAACCGUCUCACAUUUGAUUGGAUUUGGAACGACACUUUUUUCUCUAUUAUCGUCACAUAACUUUAAUGAACAUUAAUUUCUAUUGUCAUGAAUAUUAAUUUGAAUAUUUGCAAUGUAACUAUUACUGGGUUAGCAUUUUUCUUUCUUUUCGCUGCAUUUCAAACAGCAUCCUUGACUGCACAAAAUGUUUUGGAAGCUGUCUCAAAACAGCGUAACAACAGUUUUGAUGGCACAGGUUACACUAGCUUAGCGAUUGUGUAUAUCUCAUUUGGUUUAUUCAACUGGUUUGCACCAAUUGUUGUAAUGUAUCUGGGAGAAAAAUAUUCUAUGAUCGCUGGUUCAUUUUGUUAUGCUUUAUACAUUGCUUCAUAUAUUGAACCCUUUGAGUGGAGCCUGUAUUCGGCAUCUUUGGUAAAUGGAAUCGGUGCAGCAGUGUUGUGGACUGCUCAAGGUGCAUUCAUUACCGAUUGUUCUACCAAAUCUAAUUUAAAUCAACAUUUCAGUCUGUUCUGGGGAUUAUUCCAAGCUAAUCAAAUAGUUGGUGGUUUGUACGCUUACCUAUCACUAUCGAAUAUAGAUGAAAUCUCUCGCACAUUACGUAUUCGGCUUUAUGGUGGAUUGUUGGGAUGUGCUAUUUUUGGAAUUUUAUUAUUAUUCACGCUGAGAAAGCCUCAUAAAACAGACAACAUUUCACACCAGCAGUUAAUUAAUAUGGAGAUGAAUUCCUCUGGUGAUAACUUGAGUGAAUUAACUCCAGAUUACUCAACAAUACAAAAUCGUUCGACAGUUUUUCAGUCGACUUUACACUCUUUACGUAGGUCGGUUAAAAUUCUAAUCACAAGACCAAUGAUUUGCAUUCUUGUAGCAGCAGCAUUUACUGGUAUUAAUUUGACGUUCUAUUCAAGUCUAUAUGCUUCUGCGUUAGGACAUUGUUUACAUUUCGGUAGAAAUGCAAAGUCUUAUAUUGGAUUAGCUGGCCUGUUUAUUGGGAUUGGAGAAAUUGUCGGUAGUUUCUCUUCACAUUUAACUCGGUGGAUUCGUUUAGAAGGAGUUCUAGUUAUUUUUGGUUACAUCAGUGCAAUUGUAGCUGGCUAUUUCACUUUCAUGAUGUUACCAACAAACAGUUCUAUAAAAGAUACGGAUGAGCUGUCUUAUAUUACUCCUAAUGUCUAUUUGGCUAUGCUCAUAGCAUUUUUGUUUGGUGGUGUGGAUUCCGUGUGGAACACACAAAUUUCUACUUUAAUUGGUUUCAUUUAUGGUGAACAUGGAAGGGAUGUUACAGUUGGGUUUGCUUUAUUCAAAUCUGUUCAAUCUAUCGUAUCGGGAAUUGCUUUUGUCUAUAGCACUUACCUACUAUUACACUGGCAAAUACUCAUUUUUGUUGUAAUGGCUACUAGUGGUUUGUAUUGCCUACUCAGUGUCUAUUGGUCACAUCUAUCUCGCUCAGUAAAUUUGAUCGCCUAG